AUGGUCCCCUGCUGGAACCAUGGCAACAUCACCCGCGCCAAGGCCGAGGAGCUGCUCUCCAGGACCGGCAAGGACGGCAGCUUCCUUGUGCGCGCCAGCGAGUCCAUCUCCCGGGCCUACGCGCUCUGCGUGCUGUAUCGGAAUUGCGUUUACACGUACAGGAUUCUGCCCAACGAAGAUGAUAAGUUCACCGUUCAGGCAUCGGAAGGCGUCCCCAUGAGGUUCUUCACCAAGCUGGACCAGCUCAUCGAGUUUUACAAGAAAGAGAACAUGGGCCUGGUCACCCACCUGCAGUACCCGGUGCCGCUGGAAGAGGAAGAUGCCGGCGACGAGCCAGAGGAGGAGACAGAAGGUGUCCCGUCUCCACCGGAGCUGCCGCCAAGAAACAUCCCUUUAUUGGCCGGGCCAUGUGAGGCCAAGGAGGUCCCUCUCCUGAGCGAGAACCCGAGAGCCACCGAGGUCAGAGCCACCGAGGUCAUCCGGCCAAGCCUCUCCGAGACGCUGUUUCAGCGACUGCAGAGCAUGGACACCAGCGGGCUCCCGGAAGAGCACCUGAAAGCCAUCCAGGACUAUUUAAGCACGCAGCUCGCCCUGGACGCAGACUUCGUGAAGACGGGCUCCAGCAGCCUCCCCAACCUGAAGAAACUGACGGUGCUGCUGUGCAGGGAGCUCUACGGAGAAGUCCUCCGGACCCUUCCCUCCCUGGAGUCUCUGCAGAGGUUGUUUGACCAGCAGCUUUCCCCGGGCCUCCGUCCUCGGGCUCAGGUGCCUGGUGAGGCCAAUCCGAUCAGCAUGGUGACCAAGCUCAGCCAACUGACAAGUCUGCUGUCCUCUAUUGAAGAGAAGGUCAAGGCCUUGCUCCACGAGGGACUCGAGUCUCCCCACCGGCGUUCUCUCAUCCCUCCAGUCACCUUUGAGGUGAAGUCCGAGUCUCUGGCACUUCCCCAGAAACUGCAGCUCAAAGUGGACGUGGAGUGUGGGAAGCUGAUCGUUAAGAAGUCCAAGGACGGUGCUGAGGACAAGUUCUAUAGCCACAAGAAAAUCCUGCAGCUCAUCAAGUCUCAGAAGUUUCUGAACAAGCUGGUGAUUUUGGUGGAAACAGAGAAAGAGAAGACCCUGCGGAAGGAAUACGUUUUUGCUGACUCCAAAAAGCGAGAGGGCUUCUGCCAGCUGCUGCAGCAGAUGAAGAACAAGCACUCGGAGCAGCCGGAGCCCGACAUGAUCACCAUCUUCAUCGGCACCUGGAACAUGGGUAACGCCCCCCCUCCCAAGAAGAUCACGUCCUGGUUUCUCUCCAAGGGGCAGGGAAAGACGCGGGAUGACUCUGCCGACUACAUCCCCCAUGACAUCUACGUGAUCGGCACCCAGGAGGACCCCCUGGGGGAGAAGGAGUGGCUGGAGAUACUCAGAAACUCCCUGCAAGAAAUCACCAGCAUGACUUUUAAAACGAUUGCCAUCCACACCCUCUGGAACAUUCGCAUUGUGGUGCUGGCCAAGCCGGAGCAUGAGAACCGGAUCAGUCACAUCUGCACUGACAAUGUGAAGACGGGCAUCGCCAACACUCUGGGGAACAAGGGAGCCGUGGGGGUGUCGUUCAUGUUCAAUGGAACCUCCUUGGGGUUUGUCAACAGCCACCUGACUUCCGGAAGCGAGAAGAAGCUCAGGCGAAACCAAAACUACAUGAACAUUCUCCGGUUUCUGGCUCUGGGAGACAAGAAACUGAGCCCCUUUAACAUCACUCACCGCUUUACCCACCUCUUUUGGCUCGGGGAUCUCAACUACCGUGUGGAGCUGCCCACCUGGGAGGCAGAGGCCAUCAUCCAGAAGAUCAAGCAGCAGCAAUACGCAGACCUGCUGUGCCACGACCAGCUGCUCAUGGAGAGGAAGGAGCAGAAGGUUUUCCUGCACUUCGAGGAGGAGGAAAUCACGUUCGCGCCCACCUACCGUUUCGAAAGACUGACUCGGGACAAAUACGCCUACACUAAGCAGAAAGCCACGGGGAUGAAGUACAACUUGCCCUCCUGGUGUGACCGAGUCCUCUGGAAGUCGUAUCCCCUGGUGCACGUGGUGUGUCAGUCCUACGGCAGCACCAGUGACAUCAUGACAAGUGACCACAGCCCCGUUUUUGCCACAUUUGAAGCAGGAGUCACCUCCCAGUUUGUCUCCAAAAAUGGCCCCGGGACUGUCGACAGCCAAGGGCAGAUUGAGUUCCUCAGAUGCUUCGCCACCCUCAAGACCAAGUCCCAGACCAAAUUCUACCUGGAGUUCCACUCGAGCUGCUUGGAGAGUUUCGUCAAGAGUCAGGAAGGAGAAAAUGAAGAGGGAAGCGAAGGGGAGUUGGUGGUGAGGUUUGGUGAGACCCUUCCAAAGCUGAAGCCCAUUAUCUCCGACCCCGAGUACCUGCUGGACCAGCACAUCCUGAUUAGCAUUAAAUCCUCUGACAGCGACGAAUCCUACGGUGAGGGCUGCAUUGCUCUGCGGCUGGAGGCCACGGAAACCCAGCUCCCCAUCUACACCCCACUCACCCACCACGGAGAGAUGACGGGUCACUUCCGGGGGGAGAUCAAGCUGCAGACCUCCCAGGGCAAGACGAGGGAGAAGCUGUACGACUUUGUGAAGACCGAGCGGGAUGAAUCGAGUGGGCCCAAGUGUCUGAAGAGCCUCACCAGCCACGACCCCAUGAAGCAGUGGGAACCUGCCAUCAGGGUCCCUCUCUGCAGUGGCUCCAGCAUCACUGAAAUCAUCAACCCCAAUUACAUGGGGGUGGGGGCCUUCGGGCACAUGAAGCAGGCCCUGUCCCCUGAACAGCAGCCCACAGCCUGGAGCUAUGACCAGCCGCUCAAGGACUCUUCCCUGGGACCUGGCAGGGGAGAGAGCCCCUCAACACCACCCUCCCAACCCCCCUUGUCACCCAAGAGGUUUCCAUCUUCUACUGCAAGCCGGGGCCCCUGCCCCAGGACGCAGGAGUCAAGGCCCGGUGACGUGGGGAAGAACGUGGUGGAACCUUUGCCCCCGGAGGACCCCAAGCUGACCAAGCCGGAGAUGUUCGAGAACCCGCUGUACGGGUCUGUGAGUUCUUUCCCCAAGCUGGUGCCCAGGAAGGAGCAGGAAUCGCCCAAAAUGCUGAAGAAGGAGCUCCCGCCCUGCCCUGACCCAGGAACCUUGGCGUCCAGCGUCCUGGUCCCCAAAGCCCAGGAGGCCGAGGGCUGCAAGGGGACCGGCAAGCCGGGGCCCGCACCCGCUCCCGCGCCCGCGCCCUUCCUCAGCCCCACGCCCCGGCUCCGCUCCUUCACUUGCUCGUCCCCUGCCGAGGGCCGGCCGGCCGCCCCCGGGGACAAGGGCCAGGGAAAGCCCAAGGCCCCUGCCAGCACCCAAGCCCCGGUGCCAGCCAAGAGGCCCGUCAAGCCCUCCCGGUCGGAGCUGAGCCAGCAGGCCCCCCCCACCCCGGCGCAGCGGCCGCCCCUCCCGCUCAAGAGCCCGGCGGUGCUGCACCUGCAGCACUCCAAGGGCCGUGACUACCGGGAGAACACGGAGCUCCCCCACCACGGCAAGCACCGGCCUGCGCCCGAGGACCCGCCUCUCAGCAGGGCUGCCAUGCAGGUGCGCCGGGGCACGGGGGUGACGCGUGGGCUCGUGCAUGUGACACCCCCACACCCGGGAGGGGUGUGCAUGUGA